CAGAAACCAGAAUGAAAAGCAUCAGUUACAUUCCAAAUACUAAAAUUAAAUAUUCUUCUCCAAAGAAACUAAAAGCCAACGAAAUGAAGUGUGUUCUUAUCUUGUCAGCCUUUGUUGCAAUUGUGGGUAUGGCUGCAGUCACCACAGCUCAUCCCCAAAGAGUUUAUGUUCAAAAGCUGCCUUACUAUCCACCACCAACUCAAGCACCAAGACCCAUUCGAGUAAGACGUUCCCCAGACGAUGCUCCCUUGAGUAAGGGCGUUUCCAUUGCUACCAAUUCCGCCUCUGGCAAUCUGUACUCAGGACCCUCUAAUAGAGUCGAUGCUAAGGUAACACAGAGUCAAACACACUUUCCCUCUGGCCGAAUUGCUGAAGGCUCCAGUGGCUCCAUUGCUUGGUCCAAUUCCCAUGGAGUGGGAGCCUCACUCAGCCGUGACAUUAACAAGGGUGUCAGUGACACCUUCAGUAAAUCGGUGAAUCUUAACCUACUCAACACUGACAGAAAUCGUUUGGAUGCCAUCUAUUCUCAGUCAAAUAUUAGACAGAACAAUGGUUUUGGUUUUAAUAAAAACAGUGGCUCCUUGGAUUGGUCCAAUGCCGGUGGUCAUGGUGCCAAUGUUGGUCUUUCGCGCUUCGAAGGCAUCGGAAAACAGGGUUCCAUUGGUGCCCACACAAAUCUCUUUAAAUCGGAUAAUGGCAAUACACGUCUCGAUGCUUAUGGUGGAGGCUCCAAAUGGUUGAGUGGACCAUUUGAAAAUCGACGUGAAUUUAAUUUUGGAUUGACGGGAAGUCAUUCAUUCCGUGGUUAGUUUGGAUUUUUUUGUUUUGCAAAAUAUGUUCCUAAUUAUUUAUGUAUAUGAGUGAUUUUUUUUGGAUUAUAAAAUAGAAGCUUUUAAAAAUGAAAAUAAA